AUGAGUUUGACUGACCUUGGCAUCUACAUGGCCUAUGCCAAGCGUUUCCAACCACUCGAAGUGAUCUUUUCCAAACAAUUGGCCUCAGCAGUUGCAAUUAUCCCUAUCACUCUCAAUUCAGAAGUGUUCACCGAGCCUGUAUGGAUAGUACACUCUUUUGACUGUAGUGGCAUUGAACAAUGUAGCGACGACUGGCUCGAGGAUAUGGAUCAAGACGACUAA